UUCAAUGGAGGAAAGGCAAGACUUUAUGAUCGAAGAGGGAUUACAUCAAGCAGUGGUGUUUAAAUUAUCCCAUGGUGCGCCAGAUUUGAAUGUAUUAAGGUCAAUUUUACCGAAACAUCUUGGUACCAAGGGCAAUUGUUUAAUUGGCUUACUUGCUCCAAGAUAAAUUUUGUUGAGGUUUGAUCUAUAUGAAGAUUAUGUACUAGCUUUAUCUCGCUCAGUUAAUUAUCUUCUCUACAAUGGAGAGGAGCACCAAUGUAGGGUUUUUCCAUGGUCCAUUGGAUAUAACCCUAAGGAGGAAACGACGUUAGCUGUGGUUUGGAUUUCUUUACCGAACUUAUCUCCAGAUUUGUUUGCAAAGAAGUCUUUGUUGUCUAUAGCAUCAACAGUUGGGAAACCAAUAGCUAUAGAUAAAGCUACUCAAAUCAAGUCAAGACCUAGCACGGCUAGGGUCAAGGUUAUACUUGAUCUAAUGGAAAAGCUUCCAAAUCGUAUAAGGUUGCAGUUUGUGAAUGGAAAAUCUGGUAAGUUGAUCGAGGUUUUUCAGGAGAUUGUAUAUGAUAAUCUACCUUUGUAUUGCAAUUAUUGUAAGCACCAAGGUCAUGAUGAAGAUAGUUGUCGUUUGAUUUCGAAAAGAAAUCAAAAUAACAAACAAAUUGAUGAUACCAUUGAAGGUGCUUUAAAAGGUACUACAGAUAGUGAAAAGUAUCAAGGCGAUGCGAGAGAGAUAUUAAAUGAAAAAAGAAAGAUUGUAGAUGUCGAUCAAAGUAAAGCUACUUCUUCAGAUCGACAAUUGGUUGCUUCCACUUUUGAGCAAAAUCAUGUAAACUCAAUGGAUGAUGAUACAAGCAAUAUUGGUGUUCAAACAACUACCGAAAACAAAGGUGAUUGCAAUAACCAAGAGGCUGCUACCAAUGAGGUGCAAUCAAAAGAAGUUGGGCUAAAUUUGAUGUCUAAUGCAACUAAAAACGCAGAGGGAACACCAAGAGUUGGGGUUGAUGCGCCGCGAGUUGAUUCAGGGCAAAAAUUAAUGGAUUCAGGACAAAAAAUAAUGAAUACAUCUGAUGUUGAAGAUGCUGAAAAUUCUGGGCAGCAUGUUUUGCAAGUUGAAAAUGAGAAUCCAACUAAAAACUGGACACUGGUUGCACACAAAAAAUCAACUAGUAGUCGGAGCCUUUCCCCUACUAGUCAAAAUAAUUCUCCAUGUAGUGAAAAGGGUCCGACUGAAAAUUUUCAUGACAGUGAGAAGAGGCAAGAUACUAGUAAUGCCUCAAGAGACCUAUUAUGUUCGAAUAGUUUUGAUGCUUUAUUGAAGACUACUGGAAAACAAGUAAGGUUAACAGAGAAUGAUCACGAUUUGAUCCAAGAAAAACAAGUCUCACCACCUGCUUUAAAUAGCAAAUUAAGUCCAGAAGCUCCUGUAUUUGUGCCUAAAUGUGUGCUUGCAAGGAAGAAUGAGUCAAGUGCCUUAGUGUCAAAUACAAUUGAUUUGGGUGAGGAUUCUCUUGAUGAAGAUGAGGAAGACAUGUUGGACAUUUGCUUUGAUAGAGUGGCUAGGGAAGGGGAUAUAUCACCUAGGCAACAAAGAAGUGGAAGCAACAAAAGUAAAAAGAAGACAUAUGGAAGGCAACAUAGUUGGGACGGUAAAAUGACUGAGGAGUUUGUUCCAAGGCACCUACCGAUGCGACAGGCAAAGCAAAACCAUUUGACAGUAUCAAUAGGUUCAACUAGAUCCAAUAAAUCCAUAAAGAAGAUAUGAAUCAUCAAGUGUUGUUGGAUAGGUUUGAAGAAGAAGACAAGAGAAAAAUACUUCAAGUUACUUUUGAUGGGCAAUCAAUCUUUUUUAAUUCAUACUUUAGUAAUAGAAAGUUUGAGGCUGGUAACUCAACUUUCUUCUUGAUUGACAUAUUUUUACAUUAUUUAAGCAUC